GGCGGCUGUAAGGGAAGCACACCGAGUGUUACCGGAGAAAUGUGAAGCAGGUCCGCCACCAACCAGAAAUCGAGAUGAACGUGACGGUCCACAUUAGUCCCCCAAAACUAACCCUCAUCUUUAACCAACUUGUAGCCAAAUUGCAUUGAACUGAAAUAUCCAGUUUCUAAUAUACCCCCCCUCCCCCUCCCUCUAUCUAUCUGCCCGUGUCCCACCUUUAUCACUCCCAAAUUGGGAGCCUGUCUCUAUGACAACGUAGAACAGGCGGUGUUUGCAGAGUCCUCAGUCGGCAUCACUGCUCCAAUCCUCCACACUGCAUCACGCCCUGAGUGGAAUGGAAGAAAAGGACAAGAAAGAAAAUGGGGAGUAUAACGGAAAGAUAAAGGGUGGACUGCGGCCUUCAAUGAAGCUGGUUGUUAUGGGAAUUAUUAACCAAAAAGCCAAGAACCUGGAGGUGGUUCUGUCCAGUGAGCCUCAGGACGAGGACACAGAGGGCGACGUGGGACUUCAGCUGAAGGUGAGCUUCGUGGACAAGGCCGUCCAGCGCAACGCUCGCCUGGCUGGAGAAUGGGGAAGGCCUGAAACUACCCUCUCCUACUUCCCCUUUGCAGUCGGAGAAUCCUUCAAGAUGGAGAUCGUUUGUGAGCACCAGCAGUUUCGCAUCUUGGUGGACGGACAGCCUCUGUGCGGAUUCACCCACCGGCUGACCCGGCUCGCCUCCCUCACUGCCUUACGGGUCUCCGGAGACUUCCAGCUCACCAAGGUGGCCUAGCACCUUCAGCGCAACGGUGCCGACGGUUAGAAUAGAGCUACUUUGAAUGAAUGAACCCGUGACGGCGCUGUGGGGGAACAGAGUGACGCCUGCCUCGUAAUCACGCGUUAAGUGCCUUCACUAGAUUACCCCUUUGGGGACUUGAAGUUAAAUAAACCAAGGAAUGUGAUUUGAUUGUGGUCUAAACGCUCCAGUAUUUUCCCUUUCCCGAUGAACAUUUGCACAGACGCGAUGUGUCACUGCUGAAAGGAGUGCCGCAUCCGCCUGUGUGCGUUAGAAUCUCAGACGUCUGUCUUUGAUUUCUCUGGAGUUAACCUCUGAAAGCACUUAAGUUUACGAGCGCCCGCAUGAAGGUGAAUGUUUCUGAAACCCACCGAUCGUCAUUCUGUGCCCUACUCAGUACUCUAAUAGGUGUCAUAAUGUAAAGCGAUUGGUCUAGUGCAUGCCAGGAAAACAAACACACACACACACACACACACACACACACAGUUUGUCCAGAUAAAACACAGAGCUUAUUGUGCCAUUAUCAUCUUUUAUCUCUGUGGAAGUCACUGACGCCCACCGGCUCAUGUACUCUUACUCUCCCCCGAGCUGAUUCUGUGUGGACGUUUCAUAUUCACUGCAAUAAAUCAAUUUUGUUGUUA